AGUAUUGCCAGCUGAGAGCAGCAAACUUCAGUCUGGGAAUAACAUUCCUGCUUUCACAGGAGCUAAAGGCUGGGGGACCCUAAACUCUGGUCUUCUGCCGCUGUUCCUUCCUCCUUUGCCUCCUGGCUGCAGCCUGCCAGCAGCCCAGCAGCCAAAGAUCUUCACCCUUGCUAUGGACGAUGUCUGGUUCAAUCAAUGAUGUGCCUUGCAUGAACUUUGAAGCCAACACAUUUGCAAAGAGCCUGUGCCAGUACUGUUUCCAAGCUGCAGGGGCUCACCAACACUCUGUCCAGGAGCGUGGUGUGGAAGUGGCAGGACACAAUGCCAGCAGCAACGCGGACCCAGGCGGGGCCUGGGAUGCUCUCCAUAUCUUAGCCCCGCAGUGCGAGGUAUAUGUGUGCGUGAGCCCUGUGGAGGGGACAGAGCGCUGGCACGAGAGCAGGGGAUAUCCCCCGCUCAGCCCUGGAGCUGAGGGUGAGCACAGAGAAACCAGCACUGACCCCAGCGCCUGCUCCCAAGCCAACUCCACGCUUGCCAGGGACGGGGAAAUGACCUGGUUGUGGGACAACACUAUGGGAUCAGGCAAACGGGACAUGAUGAGCUACGUGGGCCAUAAGGAGGAGGUGCGAUCGCGAGCCCUGCAGGCAGACAGACCCAGGUGGGCUCAGCCCAUUCCCUCUGGAUCCUGGGUGAGAACCGAGGCGCAGGACUUUAGGAAAGAAAUCUGCCCUCUGAAAGCAGAGUGCCGUCCCACCAGCCAGAAGCCCGAGGAGAGCUGGCCGAAGCACCGGAAAGCCGACCCUCCGUGGCCAUCCACCCCUCCAUGUGCUACCACCGGCUCCUCCCGCAGUGACCCAUUGGGUGGCAGUGGGCACCUUGCUUGCUCCCAGGUGCGGGAGCCCCGCGGGCAGCCUGGCAGCAGGGGCACGGAGGGGCGGCACGGGCUGGACAGGCAGGAGUACACGGUGCUGGCCAGCCUGCCCAAGCGCCUCAGCCAGCGGGAUGCUGUCGACCGCUGUGGCUCCCGCAUGCUCAGCCCUGGCCGGGUGGAGGUGGAGAGGAUGUUUGGCUGCGAACGCAGGAAAUCAGAGACCCUGGAGGCUUUCCAGGCCCUGGAGGAGGGCCGUGUGGACCGGCUCGAUGGCAAGACCCCCGUGCCACCCAGCAAAGGCCGCCUAGCUCGGAGGCAGUCCAGCCCCAGCCUGCCCAGGGAGGGUCAGCGGGUCUCAUGGCACCUUGAGCAGCGCAGCAGAGACCCCAAGGAGCCCCUGCGCUCCCCCAGCCCAGCUCGGCACCCGGAGAAGGCCAGCAGGAGCCGGGGGGACCGCCCGCACCCUGCCAGCGCCAGCUGGCUGUUGGACAGAGGCAACCGGAGCCCACGCUCCGUAAGCCCGGCACAAAGGUCCGUGAGUCCCACAAGCGCUCCACAAACCCGGCUCCGAGCGCCUGUGAGCCCUCCCUGGUGCUCAGAGAAGAGCUGGAGGAGCCGAGAGGAGCCUGUACAUGCCCCCAGCUCAGAAAGGGGCCGAGCUGCCUGGCUUGGGGGGAGUACAGGGCAAGCACCAGAGAGGAAGAGCAGAGGGGACUCGCUGCACCCUGUGGGCCUUGGGAAAGGCUUGGAUAACAGCAGGCUGAGCCGGGCAGCACCACCACCACGGUCUCUCAGUCCUGGGAGACAUACAGAGAGCACAUGGAGAAGCCAAAAGGAGAUUGCCCCUCCAGUGCGGGUAGCAGAGAGGCAACGGGGGAGGCCAGGGGAACUGCUCCAGCUCCGGGCGCCUGGGAAGCCAUCAGAAUGUGGCUGGCAGAGCCUCCGGGAAAAGCUGCCAGCCUCCCACCCUGGGAAGGGCACGAGCACUGACUGGAAAGGCCAAGGCAAGCCCUCGCGCCCUGUGAGCCCAACACGAGCACUGGAGCAGGACUGGAGGGGUCGGGGGGAGGCCCACCAAGCGCAGGCAUGGCAGAGGGACUGGAAGCGCCAAGAGAAGCCUGUGUGCCAUGCGGACUUGAUGCGCCAGCUGGAAAGGGACUGGAAAAGCCCCACUAAAGGUCCCAGUGUAAGACUGCAGCCAGAUGACAGCUGGAAAAGGCCUGAGAGUCCAGAGCAGCAGCUGGAGGAUGACUGGAAAGGCCCUGAGCACACCCGAAACACAAACAACCCAGAGAAGCCAUUGGAAAGCGACUGGGUGAACAAGAGGCUUCUCAUGUACCACGUGAGUAGGGCAGGAGCCAAGGUGCUGGGGACCCUGGCAGGAAUGAAACUGGCAAGCACAGAGCGGGUGGGUCCCUUGGGUUGCAGUUCUGCGCAUCCCAACUUCUGUGGAUCUUCUGCUACUCUAGGGGAGCCAAGCUGCCUGCCUGGCACUGGGAAAAGGGAGGAUGCUUCCCACCCUGGCCCACGCUGGGAGGUGGCUGCUCAGAUCUGGGAAACCGAGGCAAGGACUAACCCCCAUGGCUUCAGCUCCUGCUUUCUUUCCCUGCAGCCCCAGCUGUGUGGAGAUGCCUUCCCACCACAAAGCAGCACCAGAUCCUCGGGAAGCCUGCAGCCACGUUCAAAUGACAGUGAGAAGCGCAACAAGCCGGAUCUCCUCAAUUUCAAGAAGGGAUGGAUGUCCAUCCUGGAUGAGCCAGGAGAGUGGAAGAAACAUUGGUUCGUGCUGACCGACUCGAGCCUGAGGUAUUACCGGGACUCGAAUGCGGAGGAGGCUGAUGACCUCGAUGGAGAAAUCGACCUCCGCUCCUGCACGGACGUGACAGAGUUUGCGGUGCAGCGCAACUAUGGCUUCCAGAUACACACGAAGGAUGCUGUCUUCACCCUAUCGGCAAUGACCUCAGGCAUCCGGCGCAACUGGAUCGAGGCCCUGAGGAAGAAUGUGCGCCCAGUCAGUGCUCCAGACAUCACCAAGCUCUCUGACUGCGAUAAGGAAAACUUCCGUAACUGUGUCCCCCAGAAGGGCUCGCUCCGGACGGAGGAGCAGCAGCGACUGGGCUCUAGCUCCGAGGGGAACUCAAAGGGCAGCCCCUGGAAGGCGGAUGGGCAGCGCCAUUCCUUUGACUAUGUGGAGCUGUCCCCCUUGCCGCAGGACCCUGGGAAUCAGGGCUCCCCGCAGAGGACGAGAGGGAGCUUGAGGGUCUCUGAGCGAGCCCCGAAGCACGAGGAGCUGGAGAGGGAUCUGGCUGUCCGUUCGGAGGAGAGGCGGAAAUGGUUUGAGGCCCCUGAUGUCAGGGUCCCAAACAGCGAUGGGUCAGGGGGAGACUCUUCCCGCAAGGUGGGGGAUCUGGACCUCCCCACUCCCCCACUUUCGGAGGACCAGAGAAUCCGGCUGAAGGAGGAGAUAGAGAAGAAGUGGCUGGAGCUGGAACGCCUGCCCUUGAAGGACUCGCGGCGGGUGCCCUUGACAGCACUGCUGAACCAGAGCAAGGGGAACCAUGGAGACACCAACGAGGCACUGAAAAAGGAGAUCCAGUCACUGCGGGCGCAGCUGGAAUCCUGCUGGGCCCGGAAUGAGAGCCUUCGGGAGGCAGCGAAAUCCCAGGGAGAAGGCCAUGUGCCCCGGGGGUACAUCUCACAGGAGGCUUGUGAACGCAGCCUGGCUGCGAUGGAGUCAUCCCACCAACAAGUGAUGGAGGAGCUCCAGCGGCACCACCAGCGGGAGCUGGAGCGGCUGCGGCAGGAAAAGGAGCGGCUCCUGGCAGAGGAGGCAGCAGCGACAGCAGCAGCCAUCGAGGCACUGAAGAAAGCCCACCGGGAGGAGAUGAACAAGGAGCUGUGCAGGACACGAAGCUUCCAGCAGUGCAGCUCUGUCUCAGAUGCCCUCCAGAAGCAGCACCAGUUGGACGUGGAAUCCCUGAAGCGGGAGCUGCAGGUGCUCUCUGAGCAGUAUUCCCAAAAGUGCCUGGAAAUUGGGGAGCUCACACAGAAGGCAGAGGAACGGGAGCAGACGCUGCAGCACUGUCAGCAGGAGGGGAAGGAGCUCCUCCGGAAAAAUCAGGAGCUGCAGACCCGCCUCUCGGAUGAGAUAGGGAAGCUGCGAAGCUUCAUUUCUUCACGGAACUCUGGGGACCGCUCUCCGAACAACAAUGAGCGGAGCUCCUGCGAGCUGGAGGUGCUGCUGCGGGUGAAGGAGAAUGAGCUCCAGUACCUAAAGAAAGAGGUGCAGUGCCUCCGGGAGGAGCUGCAGAUGAUGCAAAAGGAUAAGAGAUUUGCCUCAGGGAAAUACCAAGAUGUCUAUGCAGAGCUGAAUCACAUCAAGGUGCGCUCAGAGCGAGAGAUCGAGCAGCUGAAGGAGCACUUGCGCCUGGCCAUGGCGGCUCUGCAGGAGAAGGAGUCGCUGCGCAACAGUGUCAGCGAGUAACGGUCUGCUCUUCAUUUGUUUAUCUGUUCUUGUUUUGUAUUUGCUCCAUUCCUCACUUGCAGGGAGGGGGAGGUUGAAUCCCAUCCGUUAUCGCCUUGGCAAGGAAUCCUACACACCCCCAACCUCCUCACUCCCCUCCCAAAGCUUUUAUGAUGAACCCCUUUUGCCUGCGUACCUGAGCACAUUGUUUGGACUGGCUCCUUACAUGCACCUUCUUCAGGAUUUUAUAUGUGAAAAUUAUAUUUUAUAGAGGAUUUUUCCUCCCGGAAAGAAGAGGAAGAGGAGGGGGGAAAACUUUUACUACAUCAUCCACAUUUUCUAACCUGAAAAAGAGAAUCUGGUUGUCGCCCCUUCCCCAGCCCUACACAGCCACCUUUGGCACAUGCUCCCUCUCUUCCGAAUGUCUUCACGGCCCCCAGGGGAUGUAUGGCAAGGACCACACUCCCCCCCUGUGCCACCCCAGGGACCUUGGGAGAAGACUGCAAGCCAUAGGAGGGAGCCUCUGGGGCAGUCUGCCAUGGAUGUGCUUGCCGGGGACAUUGGAAAGAGGAGACCUUGGCAAGAGUCCGCAUGAUCGAGCUCUCUCCGUGACUGUCAUUGGCUCCUUCGAGAACCCAAGCUGGCUGGAGCCCAGAGACGCGGGGCUUCUCCUGUGUGGGGAAGAGGAGCUGUGAGGCUGCUACUGCACUCGCCAGAGCCAACCUCCCCCUCAAGGUGGCAGCUGCUGCUCUGCUGCGCCCUUCAACUUUUAACUUAAUAAAAUCUUCCCCUUUCGCUGAAAAAAA